UUAUUCUCCUCCUUCGUCAUGUCCAGUUCAUUCUCGCCUAGAGUGGCAGCCCCUAAUUUAUCGCGAAGAAAUACUGGUAACCAGCAAGCAGAUCAUUCUCCUGUCACUAUAGGCUCUCCCUCGCUUGACCGCCAUGCCGCGCGCUUCUCUCGCGGUUCCAAUCAGGAGGAAGCAGAUAGGCAAAGUCGACGCAUUUCCGCUCGCGAGACGCUGUUACGACGAGUGUCUGGUCGCUCAUCUGUCACUGGAACCGAAGCCACCGGUAUUGAUGAGAGAAAGGCGGCACGACCUUUGGAAAUUCUCACCAAUGCUCCUAAACUACCGCAAUCACUUACCAACGAACAAAUGUACUCCAAUUUCGAAGAAUGGAUGAAAAUGUGCACUGAUAAUAAAAUCAAUGCAACCAAUAGCUGGAACUUUGCUCUGAUUGAUUACUUCCAUGAAAUGACAUUUUUAAAAGACGGCGACUCUAUCAACUUUCAAAAGGCUUCAUGUACUUUGGAUGGUUGCGUUAAAAUUUAUACAUCACGCGUUGACUCUGUAGCUUCAGAGACUGGUAAACUCCUUAGCGGAUUAGCGAAUAGCGCAAACGUAGCCCAAGAUGACGAAGACGGCGAUGGAGAAGAUGAUACAGAACGAAGAACCAAGAAAAAAUCAAAUCGCUCAGAAACCACGCUUGUCAAAGACUUUUCUUCUAUCAAAGUGAAGAAGCUUGAUCUCGACUUUACCGUCGAUCCAUUGUUUAAAAAGACUUCGGCAGAUUUUGAUGAGGGUGGAGCACGAGGCCUCCUACUCAAUAAUCUUACCGUGGAUCGUGGUGGAAAAAUUAUUUUUGACGCAUCAGAUGCGUUUGCGGAUCCCGAAGACGAAGAUGAAGUACCUACACCGGACCUCAAAGAGAAACAAGCAAGUAAAGACAACGAUGAAGGCGACCAACCACUUGUAGACGCGAUGGAUAUUGAAUCAACAGAAGCUGAAAAGAAAGAAGAUGAUACUAAAAUUGAAGUGUCUCAUCUAAAAGCCAAACUCCCUUCGCUCGAGGAACUAUCCAUCCUUGAAAUUUCCCCUUCCUUACGCGAAUUCGAAUUUUCUUCAUCUAAUGCUCUGGAUAUUCCAGCGGCGAAAUCGAACAACGAAGAUACAAAUCCUGACAAUUCACAAGAAAUGGAGCCUGAUCAAGAGUACCCUCAGGGAGGGAAUAACGACAUAGACGAUGUUUUUAACGACAUUGAUAACGACCAGGAACAGGAGCCAGAUGCAAACCAAGAGGAAUCACAAUUAGGUGGCUUCUUCGAGCCUGCUAACCCCGGAACCGACGCUGCCACGGUUCGGACGUAUGAAAUGGCCAUGAACCCAGACGUACAGACCGAUAUGUUUAGUUACUUUGAUUCAGCUUUUAUGCGGAAUUGGGCUGGCCCGGAACAUUGGAAGCUCAGACGACCCGUUAGCAAAGUGGCGAAAGAGUCAACUGAACAGGGCGUAGAAGAAGGCGAUGAAACUCAAAAAGGAAAGAAGAAGCCAAAAGUAGUUUUUGAGAUUGACUUUCUCAACUCUGAGGAUAUCAACGAAGAGGAAUUGUUUGCAAAUGAUAAGAAGGGAUCUAUCACUAUGCCAGUGAAACGGGAUAUGAAGAAUUCAAAACACCUGUUGCCAGACGACAUGCACUUUUCAUCAAAGCAGCUACUUCAUUACUUUUUGAAGCCUGAUCAUUCAUUCCGGAAACGAAAGCAAUCAGAGACUACAGCCACCGUUUCAAACGACCCGAUCGAUGGAAAUGUUCAGCCAGAUGAACCGGAUGCACAGUACUGGGCUCAAGAGGAGGAGAUGGCAAUCGACGAUGGCAAUCUGACUCAGGCGGAUCUAUCUUUUGCUGGAGAUCAAACUAUUUUGACAGCAGUUGAGGAUACGACGUUCUUGCAAGACGCCUUUGAUGAAAUUAACGAUGCUGAAAUGGACAAGGUGUAUGGUGAUGAACUCAUUACAAAUCAUCGGUUGAAAAAGAUAAAGCCUAUCUAUGUGAAUUAUGCCAAAACCGCUAAGCGAGUUGAUGUUCGUCGCCUCAAAGACAAUCUAUGGAAGACACUAAAAACUGAACCGGUGGAUGAGGAAUCUUUGUUGCCUGAGCCUUCAAAUGCGCUGAGCGAAGGAACCGAAGAUGCCAUUAAGGGCGAACACAAGUUUUCAGAAGUCAUCCAUAACCUGAAGAAGGAAUACUCUGAGAAAUCCAUGAAAGACAUUUCAGUGCCUUUCUGUUUUAUCUGCUUGUUGCAUCUUGCCAAUGAGAAAAAGCUAAAGAUCAGCAAUGAAGCUGACCCGGAAGAGCUCUUUGAUGCUAUGGGUUCAGGCUUAAAAGACCUUAUCGUGGUCCAGGAUUGAACAACCCAGUAUCCUUUUUGUAGAUAACAACAGACUGUAUAAUUUUCACCAUCAUCAUUUUGCCGCGCUUUUCCCCUGUACUACUAAUGUAGAAUUCGUUCUUAUUACUUCAAUGUGUCAUUGUCUUAAACAAACUAAAUACAUAAUGACGAUGGCUUCAAAGUACCAUAGUGAUGGCAUCAUUCAGAACGAGCAAAUCUUUUCAAAUUGAUUGGCUGAAUUGCUGUAGUUUUUCC